AUGUCAGGAAUCCAGGAAGCCACCAUGAAGAGCAUCCGCCCUUACAAGUCGAGCGAGCAGUACUUGUACGCCAUGAAGGAGGACCUGGCCGAGUGGCUGAAAGAACUCUACGAUUUGGAAGUCGACGUGGGCUCCUUCUUGGAGAUCCUGGAGACGGGCACCGUGCUCGGCCACCACGCCAACAACAUCACCCAGGUGGCUCUCGAUUUCGGCCGGGAGUACCCGAGCUUGGCGCACAAACUCCAGCUGCCCACGUGCGGGGUAACCUGCAAUGAGUCGGCGCAGCCGGGGACAUUCCAAGCCCGGGAUAAUGUGUCCAACUUCAUUCAGUGGUGUCGGAAGGAAAUGGAUAUUAAAGAAGUCCUGAUGUUUGAGACAGAGGACCUCGUCCUGCGUAAGAACGAGAAAAACUUUGUCCUGUGCCUCUUGGAAGUGGCCCGGCGGGCCUCCCGUUUUGGCAUGAGCGCCCCCGUCCUGAUCCAAAUGGAGGAGGAGAUCGAGGAGGAGAUUCGCGAGGACCUGAACUUGCCCCCUGAGGAAACGCCACUCCCCAGGCCCCAAAGGAAGCUCUGCAACUUCAAGAACCUAGACCAGAUGGUGCAGCACCUGGUCAGCCGCUGUACGUGUCCGGUCCAGUUCUCCAUGAUCAAAGUGUCCGAGGGGAAGUAUCGCGUGGGCGACUCCAACACUCUCAUUUUUGUCAGGAUCCUGCGGAAUCAUGUGAUGGUGCGUGUGGGUGGCGGCUGGGACACCCUGGAGCAUUACCUGGACAAGCAUGACCCCUGCCGUUGCACCUCACUGUCUCACAAGCAGUGCUUGAAGUCAACCAGCCUUCCACGAACACAAGGCACACCGGUCCAGCAUGAAAUCACAGCCCGCCUCACGCCCAGGACAGCCAACCCCAACAAGCCUCAGCCCGCUUUAAUCGUGAGCAGAUCCCAAAGCCCGCUGCCCCCGGUAGAGUGGAGGACCUACACGGCCCACGGUCUCGGCACUGGCCGGAAGGGUCUGUCAGCUUCGCCCCCAGGCCACGGUGGAAGCAUCAAGAAGACUCCAGGAGUCCAGAUGUCCCGGGACCACUCGGAACCCAGGAGGGUUCCAUCAGCCAGGGUGAGAGAACGGUCUGCCACUCCUUCUUCAAGGCUGCUGGCCCCUGCAGAGAAGCCGGCAUCCAACCAGCAUGCUCAGAGUGGAAGAGAGACAUGGCAAGAUCAGUUCUCCUGCCGGCAGAACGGAAGCGCAACCUCACAUCCUUCAAAAGCCCUUCCAGAACCACUGCGAGGAAGAGAGACCAAGAGAAUCCAAACGGCGGCUCUGCAGAAGGAGAAAGUCGAACAGUUGCCGCCAUCUGUUACAGCUAUGCCGAGGGACCGAUCGUCUCAUUUGCCGGGAAGUGUCCAUCAGGAAGCAAAGGGCGGGGCCCCGCAGCUCCGUCCUUCCAGCCCGUCCAAGCAAUUGCAGCCCCCCACCCAACUGGCUUCCAAGACCCAAGCAGAAAGCUCGAAGGGGCUGGGAGAAGGAGUGAUGGGGUCACAAGAGUGGAGGAAGCCCCCCCUAACCAAGCGACCACCCUCCCCAGCAAAACAAGCACACCGGGUUCCCAAAGAGGACAGCAGCAUGAAGACCGCAGAGAAAGCCAGACCGACUUACUGUAGGUCCCCGAUUCCUAGUAAGAGCUACCAAAGGGAGGUCUGCUUCGGAAACAGGGAUAACGCCAUGCCUAGAGACCUCUUGCAAAGGGAACCAGCCACAAGAGAUGUGGUCAGUCUUGAAUUGGGAUGGGGCAAGAUGGGCAAUCUGAAGUUCUCUCCUGGUAGACAAAGAAUAAAGGAUACUCUAGCAUCGUUGAGGGAGGAGGAAGCCCCCAAAGGUCCUUGUGAAGACAGCAAAGGGGGUCAUGGAUAUCCUGAGGAGAAGGAACGAGUCUACACCCCGUUACCCAUUGACUUGGCUGAAGAACAAGCUCUCUACCAGAGUCUAGAGGAGGAGAUUUUGUCCAAUAUCAAGGCGCUGGAGGUAGGUUCUGAUGGCAAUCCCCAUCACAAAGAGAACCAAAUGAGAGAUUUUAGGACAUAUUGUGGUCUGGGGAAGGAGACCCUGGCCGUUGGUUGCAAUGGCCCGAGGUUGUCCACGCGCACCCUAUCCUGUUUGCCAAGUGCCAAGAAGGCCUUGGGCUAUGGUGAAGCCGUGCCUCGGAGUGGAGUCUAUGUGCCAGGCUGCGAUGCAAGAUGGCCGCCAGCGGGACUUCAUUAUGACAGCGUCAUCCAAGAGCUCUCCAGGACAUUACGUAGGGAGCCUGUGGAGGCUGAGAGAAAUUCGCCUCAGUUAAGGCCCUCGCUGGUUAACGGAGACCAGGCUGCUGAGAUGGUUCUGGAGGACGUCACCGUUCAUGAGAAGAAGUGUGGGGCUAUUGAAUCAGAAGCCAAUGAACCAUCUCACCACCCCUGUGAAAGACAUGUGGAAGUCAACAAAAAUGGUGAUGCCUUUGAGCCUGAGGUGAUAUCUCACAAAGCCGCUAGUUCUCUAGCAAGCUCACCAGAGAACGCAAAACUGCCUCAGAAUAGACCGAGAAGGUCUCUGAGGAAACCAGAGCGAGUGCCGUCUAUUUACAAGCUCAAGUUACGUACCAAGAUCCGACCACGCAGGGACAGCAGGCCCGGGAAGAGGCCUUCGAAGAUCCCCAAACCAGUGGUGUACAGGCACUCCCAAAGAGCAUCCAGUGCCAAAGCCCAGGCAAAGACCCCCAGCUCUGAACGCCCAACCCAGAACUGUCUCACUUACACGAGGCAAAACACCGCACCGGAUGGAGGGUGUGUAGAAGAGGUCCCUCAGCACAGCCCAAACGGCAGGCAUUCUGGGAAGAAAAUAGUCACACCAAAGGGGAAAACAGGGCUUGCAGAUGAGGACGAAUCCUGGGUGUGA